AUGGAUGAGCAAGAGCAAGUCAACGCAGAGCUAAGGGAGGGCAUCAAUCAAAUCAAAGAACAUAUGUCCGAGUUCAUUGAAGCUUUCAAGGAAACAAUGAGGAGAGAAAGAGAUGAGGAGAACCAAAGAAGGAGUGAAGGACUGUCAUCUACUCCAGAGUUUCCACCUGGCUUCUUUCCUUUACCUGUGCAUGCUCAAGGGGUCCAUCCGCAAGGGAUAGUUAUGCCUCUAACCGUGCAUUCCAACAUGCCUUUCCAGCAAACCUCCCAACCUCACGAGGUCCAAUUCCCGCCUUAUGGUCUCCCUCCUGGUUAUACACCCUCUGUGGUUAUCAACCAAACAGACAACAAUCCACCAACCACCACUCAAGUAAACCUUACCUCGUCUCAAGGCCCACCAACAAAUACCACCGAAACGCCACAGGUCCACAUGUCUUCCGCACCUGUACAUGCUGUUAUGCCAAGCCCUGUGCCACCUAUGAACACUAAUCAACAAGACAUAUCCCAGACAUAUCUUCCUCAUAACUCACUAAAUAUCCCUCAACCGCAUACACUUAAUCUUAGUGCCCAAGGAAAUCCACCAAACCACUUUGCCGAGGAUGGUCAAUCCAAAGAAAGGUUGCAGUUACUGGAAGAAAGGAUGCGAGCCAUGGAGGGCGGAAAUUAUGGUUUUAAUGAUGCAGCGGGUUUAUGUCUGGUCCCAGAUGUGGUGAUUCCACCAAAGUUCAAGGCUCCGGAGUUUGAUAAAUACAAGGGCACCACAUGUCCAAAGAGUCACCUGACCAUGUAUUGUAGGAAAAUGGCUGCAUGCGCACAUGACGAGAAGUUGCUGAUUCACUUCUUCCAAAACAGUUUGGCUGAAGGAGCUCUGAAUUGGUACAUGCAUCUGGAACGAUCUCGUAUACACAGUUGGGGAGACUUGGCUGAUGCAUUCCUAAAACAGUACAAGUAUAAUGCUGAUAUGGCUCCUGACAGAAUGCAACUCCAGAACAUGACAAAAAAGGAAAGCGAAACUUUCAAAGAAUAUGCCCAACGCUGGAGAGAAUUGGCCUCUCAAGUAGAGCCUCCUUUGUCUGAAAAAGAGAUCACUUCAAUGUUUAUCGAAACUCUCCAGUCACCAUUUUAUGAUAGGAUGGUUGGAAGCGUGUCGUCUAACUUUUCCGAUAUGGUCAUCAUCGGAGAAAGAGUGGAGAAUGGAAUGAGAACAGGAAAGAUCGUCCAGGGUUCUUCUGUUGCGAGUACCAUAAAGAAACCUUCUAUAGGGUUUGGAAAGAAGAAAGAAGGAGAAACAAAUGUAGUUACGGCUCAUCAAGGAGGUUAUUCUCAGUGGCAACCUUUCCAGAGGCCUACCCACUUCUACCAAACACCCAUCACACCUCAAAUCCCUUAUCAAUACAUUGCCGCAACUACACAAGCCACUUACCCACAAAUUCAUCACCCAAUAUCCCCAUACACUGUGACCCAACCAGCUCCACAACAACCGCCCAAUUUUGUACCCCAAAACCAGAGCUUCAUACCCAACGUGAACCAAGGAAAUAGGGAAAGGAACCAAGUCCGUCUCGAUCCGAUCCCCGUGUCUUACACUGAGCUCUUGCCACAGCUUAUUCAGGGAUCUCUUGUAACUCCUUAUCCAUUAAAACCAGCUCAACCACCAUACCCACGGGGUUAUGAUGUCAAUGCUAGAUGUGACUACCAUGCCGGGUCCAUUGGACAUUCCACUGAGAAUUGUAUGGCUCUAAAGUAUAAGGUUCAGAAACUGAUCGAUGCAAAACUAUUGAAUUUCGCAGAAAAACCAAACAUCGGGAAUAAUCCGUUGCCAGGUCAUGAGGGCUCUAAAGUCAAUGCAAUUGAAGAAAGCUCUGAAAAACAUUUGAUCAUGAGAGUGGAGGAAGUCAAAACUCCGCUAAGAGUUAUCUUUGCUGAAAUGUGUAAGAGAGGCAUGGUUAAAGGAAGCCUAGGUGAGGAUCAAAUGUGUGGAUUUCACCCUGGUGUCUGUCAUUCUAUAGAAAAAUGCAGUGAAUUCAAGCAAACCUUGCAAGAUCUGAUGGACCAACGGUUAUUUCAAAUAAGUCAAUUUGAGUCUGACCAUGAAGUGGCAAUGAACGAGGAGCAAAUGCCGAUCUUUCCACAACCGCUUGUGAUCCACUAUACAAAAACUGUGACUACAUCCGUCUCGAACAAAAUGAGGCCUAUUAUUGUGCAAGUUCCAAAUACUCUUGAAGGGAAUAAAGUACCAGCGGUUGGAUAUAAGGAAACAUUGUUUGGUAGCUCUCUGGAUGCUCCGGCCCCUACUGAACCCAAACCGAUCACCAUACAACUACCAACUCCGUUCCCCUUCAAGGAUAGUAAAGCAGUGCCCUGGAAAUAUGAUGUGCAAGUUAUUGGUGGUGGCUCACAAGAGGAUCAACCUAAGACUCCUGAUUCUGAAACCUCAGCCAUCACAAACAUUGUGGGCGUCGGUGGAAUGACAAGGAGCGGUCGUGUCUAUACCCCCGAGGAGCUUGUAAAAGAUCAUGCAGCCGAAUCUGGAAGGUCUGAAAAGGGGAAAAGUAAAAUGAAUGAAGAUAUCAUUGAGGAAGUAAUUUGUGAGAAGGAGCCGAAAAAGGUGGUUUCUGAUGAAGAAGCUGGGGAAUUCUUAAAGUUUGUUAAACAAAGCGAGUAUAUGGUGGUUGACCAAUUAAACCGCCUUCCAGCAAAAAUUUCACUUUUGGCCUUAUUGAUGAACUCAGCACCCCAUAGACAAGCCCUGUUGAAGGUUCUGAAUGAAGCAUAUGUAAUUCACAAUAUCUCUGUUGACAAGUUUGAAGGUAUUGUUGGCAACAUAACAACCAAUAACUAUUUAACUUUUUCCGAUGAUGAAAUACCGGCAGAAGGGGCAGGGCAUAACAGAGCCUUGUAUAUCUCGAUGAAAUGUAAGCAUUAUAUCCUAGCAAAGGUGUUGGUUGACAAUGGCUCGUCAUUAAACGUAAUACCGAAGUCCACGCUUUCUAAGCUGCCUUCAGAUGAAUCUCACAUAAGACCAAGCAACACGGUAGUUAGAGCUUUCGAUGGCACCCGAAGGGAAGUGAUGGGAGAAAUUGACUUGCCAAUUCAGAUCGGUCCCACUACUUUUCAAGUGACUUUUCAAGUGAUGAACAUCACAACAGCCUAUAGUUGUCUGUUGGGAAGACCGUGGAUUCAUACUGCUAAGGUUGUGCCUUCGACGCUCCAUCAGAAGAUCAAGUUCAUCAUCGAUGACAAACUGGUUGUUGUUCUAGCAGAAGAGGACUUACUUGUGAGUAAGCCUUUAUCAACUCCAUACAUAGAGGCGGAAGAGGAGGCUCUGGAGACUUUAUUCCAGACACUAGAGAUUGCCAAUACAACAUAUGUGAAUGAGGAAACACCUGUUGUGAAAGCGCAGCUAUCAGAUGCUUCUUUGAUGGUUGCCAAGGUGAUGCUCGAAAGAGGAUAUCAACAUGGGCAUGGGCUUGGAAAGAAUGAGAAAGGUAUUGUUGAAGUCCCAAUGCAGAUUGAGAACAAAGACCGGUUUGGACUAGGGUACAUACCGACAAAAGCUGACAAGAGAAGGGUGGCCCUAGAAAAAAGGGAAAAGAGAAAAUCCAGGUUGGAAAACAGGGAGCCAAAGUGUAAAGGAAUCCCCAUAUGCGAUUUGUUGGAGAUUUUUCGAAGUGCUGGUUUUGAAUUUCUCAGCCCGGUGGCCGUGGCAGAGGAAGAUGUUCCUGAAGGCCAGAGCGUUGAUUUGAUUCAUCCAUGCGCAUCAGAUACCGAACUCAGCAAUUGGAAGGUUGUCGAACUUGCCAUGGUUUACAAGUCUGUGCCAAAAGUGGACAGUGAUGUCCUUGAAAAGGACAGUGCUAAUAUCACUUUGCCUGACUUUGACUGUCCCAUUAAUCAAGCUGAUGGGGAUAUGGAAGAUGAUGAUGAACUUCCUCCAGAACUUCUAAGACUUAUGAACCAUGAAGCUAAAGAGAUCCAACCUCAUGAGGAGCAGAUCGAAAUGAUUAACCUGGGCACAGAAACAGAUAAAAGAGAAGUCAAGGUAGGGGCUUCCAUGAAGGAGAGUGAACGCGACAAACUGAUCAAGCUCUUGCAUGACUAUAGUGAUGUCUUUGCAUGGUCGUACCAAGACAUGCCCGGUUUAGAUGCCAGCAUAGUGGAACAUAAGCUUCCACUAAAGCCUGAAUGUCCCCCAAUCAAGCAAAAGUUGAGGCGAAUGAAGCCAGAGAUUUCAUUAAAGAUCAGGGAUGAGGUCAAAAAACAAUUUGAUGCAGGUUUUCUUGCUGUUGCCAAAUACCCUCAAUGGGUUGCUAAUGUGGUCCCAGUCCCUAAGAAAGAUGGGAAAGUUCGGAUGUGCGUUGAUUAUCGAGAUUUAAAUCGGGCUAGCCCUAAAGAUGACUUUCCGCUUCCUCACAUUGAUGUUCUAGUAGAUAAUACAGCUCAACAUCAGUUUUUCUCUUUCAUGGAUGGUUUCUCCGGGUACAAUCAAAUUAAGAUGGCCACCGAAGACAUAGAGAAGACCACAUUCAUUACUCCAUGGGGAACCUUUUGCUACAAGGUGAUGUCAUUCGGAUUAAAGAAUGCUGGGGCAACCUAUCAGAGGGCCAUGGUAGCUUUGUUCCAUGAUAUGAUGCAUAAAGAGAUUGAGGUUUAUGUGGAUGACAUAAUUGCAAAGUCAAAUUCGGAAGAAGACCAUGUCAUCGACCUACAAAAGCUCUUUGUACGCUUGCGGAAGUUUAGGCUGAGACUAAACCCUUCAAAGUGCACAUUCGGCGUGAAAUCUGGAAACCUGCUAGGUUUUAUUGUCAGCCAGAAAGGGAUAGAAGUUGAUCCUGCUAAAGUCCGAGCCAUUCAAGAGAUGCCAGCUCCUCGCACAGAAAAAGAAGUUCGUGGGUUCUUGGGAAGAUUAAACUACAUCGCACGAUUUAUAUCACAGUUGACUGCUACCUGUGAGCCAAUCUUCAAAUUAUUGCGUAAGAGUCAACCAACGCGGUGGAAUGACGAGUGCCAACAAGCUUUCGAUAAAAUAAAGCAGUACUUGCAAGAUCCGCCAGUCCUAGUACCACCAGUCCCAGGGAGACCUCUUAUCAUGUACCUCACAAUACUUGACGAGUCAAUGGGUUGUGUUCUAGGUCAACAUGAUGAUUCUGGAAAGAAGGAGCAUGCCAUAUACUACUUGAGCAAGAAGUGCACUGGUUGUGAGUCAAGAUACUCGGUGUUGGAGCGAACCUGUUGCGCUUUAGCUUGGGCUGCCCGCCGGCUAAGACAAUACAUGCUUAGUCACACUACUUGGCUAGUAUCUAAAAUGGAUCCAAUCAAAUACAUUUUCGAGAAGCCCGCUCUCACUGGAAGGAUUGCCCGGUGGCAAGUUUUGUUAUCUGAAUAUGACAUUGUAUAUGUCACUCAGAAGGCAAUCAAAGGUAGCGCUCUGGCGGAUUACUUAUCUCACCAGCCCAUAAAUGAUUAUCAGUCAAUGCAAUACGACUUCCCAGAUGAAGACAUAAUGACACUCUUUCAAGAGAAAAAUCCUUCAGACCGAGAUAAAUGGAUUCUGCUAUUUGAUGGUGCUUCCAACACAAUGGGGCAUGGAAUAGGAGCCAUCCUGAUUUCCCCUGAGAAUCAAUACACCCCGAUGACUGCCAGACUGUGCUUCGACUGUACCAACAAUAUAGCUGAGUAUGAAGCAUGUGCCAUGGGAAUCAAAGCGGCCAUAGAAUCAAAAGCCAAGAUCCUUGAAGUUUAUGGUGACUCAGCCCUGGUUAUCCAUCAAUUAAAGGGAGAAUGGGAGACUCGUGAUGCCAAGUUGAUCCCUUAUCAAGCCCACAUCAAAGAUUUGUUGGAGCAUUUCGACGAAGUCACUCUCCACCAUGUUCCUCGUGAGGAGAAUCAAUUAGCUGAUGCCCUAGCCACAUUGUCCUCAAUGUUUGAGAUAAGUCGGGAAGAGGAGGUACCGCUCAUUAAAAUCCAAAGUCGAGAUCAGCCGGCUUACUGUCAAGCUGUUGAGGAGGAACCUGAUGGGAAGCCAUGGUAUCAUGACAUCAAGAGGUAUAUCCAAAGCAGAGAAUAUCCCCUGAAUGCUUCAGAAAAUGACAAGAGAACCUUGAGAAGAUUAGCAACAAGCUUCUUCUUGGAUGGAGAUGUUCUUUACAAGAAAAAUCUUGAUCUAGUACUCCUCCGGUGCGUCGAUGCGGCAGAAGCACACAUAAUUAUCAAAGAAAUUCAUGAAGGCUCCUUUGGAACCCACAUGAACGGGCACUCAAUGGCAAGGAAAAUAUUAAGGGCUGGUUAUUACUGGUUGACUAUGGAAACAGAUUGCUUUAACCAUGUGAAGAAGUGCUACAAAUGUCAGGCAUAUGCCGACAAUAUCAAUGCUCCGCCGGUGCCAUUGAAUGUGCUGACAGCGCCUUGGCCAUUCUCAAUGUGGGGCAUGGACGUUAUCGGACCCAUCGAACCUAAGGCGUCAAACGGCCAUCGCUUUAUCCUGGUGGCAAUCGAUUAUUUCACCAAGUGGGUCGAAGCAGCUUCUUAUGCAAGUGUUACAAAGAAUGUAGUGGUCAGGUUUGUCAAGAGGGAGUUGAUUUGUCGAUAUGGUCUGCCGAGUAAAAUCAUCACUGACAAUGGCACUAAUCUGAACAAUAGAUUGAUGAAAGAGUUGUGCGACGAUUUCAAAAUCCAGCAUCAUAAUUCUUCCCCAUAUCGCCCAAAGAUGAAUGGGGCAGUCGAGGCGGCCAAUAAGAACAUUAAGAAGAUUGUCCAAAAAAUGGUAGUGACUUACAAGGAUUGGCAUGACAUGCUCCCUUUCGCCUUACACGGAUAUCGCACCUCAGUGCGCACUUCAACCGGGGCAACUCCUUUUUCCUUGGUAUACGGAGUGGAAGCAGUCCUCCCUAUUGAAGUUGAAAUUCCUUCAUUAAGGGUAUUGAUGGAAGCUAAAUUGGAAGAAGCAGAAUGGGUUCGAGCUCGAUAUGACCAAUUGAACCUCAUUGAAGGCAAAAGACUAACUGCAUUAUGCCAUGGCCAGCUAUAUCAACGCAGGAUGAAGCGAGCCUUCGAGAAGAAAGUUCGUCCACGGGAAUUUCAAGAAGGAGACUUAGUCCUUAAGAAGAUCUUGCCUUCUCAAAAGGAUCAUCGUGGAAAAUGGACUCCGAAUUAUGAAGGGCCUUAUGUUGUAAGAAAGGCAUUUUCAGGAGGCGCUUUGGUCCUCACUAACAGGGACGGCGAAGACCUUACUCACCCUGUCAACUCUGACGCAGUCAAAAAGUUCCAUGCUUAAAACAAACAAAAGAUAAAAAAAAGGGGGAAAAGAAAAAUGAAAGCUCGCUAGUUCGAAAACCUGUAAAUGCGGGCUAGGCAAAAGUUAGAACGACCUGAUGGGUUGAAAACUCGAAAGAGCGGCCCAGGCAAAAAUUAGGGUCAUAGAAAAGUAAAUAGAUUCACUAAGCUGAAAACCUGAAAGGGCGGCUUAGU